AUGCGCGUCCUCUCACUCGCCGUCCUCUCCCUCCUCGGCGUCGCCAGCGCGGCCGUCGCCGAGCGCCCCUGCGGCUUCAAGAUCGCGCCCUGUCCCGCGGGCCAGGUGUGCGAAAAGGUGGACCCGAGCUGCGACCGGGGCGAGAACUGCGCGGGCAUCUGCGUCAAGCCGGCCUUCUGCGGCGGCAUCGCCGGCAUCGCCUGCGAGGACCCCGCCCAGGUCUGCGUCGACGACCCGUCCGACACCUGCGACCCGGCCAAGGGCGGCGCCGACUGCGGCGGCAUCUGCAUCACCCCCGAGUUCUGCGGCGGCUUCGCCGGCGUCGCCUGCGGGGACGGCAAGAAGUGCACCGAUGACCCGAGGGACGACUGCGAUCCCAAGAAGGGUGGCGCGGACUGCGGCGCCACACCACGUGCAUCGACGCGCAAUUCGCAGCGCGGGCGCAGUGGGCAUGGAAAGAAGGGCGAUCCGGGACACGCAGUCACCCUGGAAAUCUCUACCGCCAACGCACGGUCAGCGCUGGCCUAUGGCGCAUCAUCGUUUCACAUCCCCACGGAUGUGGGAGGCGAGCCGGUAAAGAAAGGCAUCACCAAGGCCCUCGGGAAGGCCCAGAACAAAAGCUUGCGGAUUGUAGCGGGGGCCUUCAAGCAAACUCCCAUCCGCAACCUCGAGACGGAGACAUGGGUGCCACCGUUGGACCUAUAUCUCAACAAACGGCUUGCGGACUUUGAGACCAGACUCCAGCGAACCGACCUAGACGACAGUCAAAGCGGCAAGAAGACGGCGGGGAGCGUUGUCCUCACCGCCUGCCGCAAGAUACAGGCAGUAGAAGAGGCUUGGAAAGCGAGGUGGCUAAAGGAACGGGACGGCAGGGCAAUCACCAGGCCGGCGGACGACUUUGACCAUCAGCAGGAGACGCUAUUCCGGAACGAAACCCUAAGGAGGCACGUCGGUCUCAACAAGGCGAAGAGCUCACUGCUGAUUCAAAUCCGGACGGGAGCAAUAGGCUUACGGGACUUCUUGUUUACACGAGGAGUCCCGGAGGUUCUGACUCCUGCCUGCGAGUGUGGCGAGGGACGAGAGACUGCCGAACACCUGGUAGUGUGGUGUUUGGCCCCACCGUUGACUCGAAGAUGGGAGAGAACUGGAAUUCGAACACGACGGGACUUUUACUCUGUUCUACACGGCAUCAAUCCCACGACUGCACGGCUCGCGAGGAGGAUCCUCGACUGGCUGAUGGACUCGGGGAAGCUGCCGAUGUACAGCUUAGCCAGGAGGCUCGAGCUGGAAGCGGCGGCCUGA